GAAAAGUUGUAGGUCUAGACCUCAACAUUAUUGGAUAUAAUAACUAUAGAGAAUAAUUUUGACGAGCAGCAAAGAAUAACUAGAAAGCAAGAAAUGAAUCCCUCCAGUCUUCUUCUUCUAAUUAUUCUGAUCCUAUUAGAUUUUUAAGGGCUCCAAAAGGUUUCAAAAGAAACCAAUAGUGAAAAGUAUUGAAGAGAUUGAUCAAUGAGGCCUCCAAACAAGAUACUCUCCUCCUCCUUAUCAUCAUCAUCACCCGGGUCUCCUUAUUUCUUGGUUCUGAUAGUUGCUCUACCUUUGGUUGUGAUAUCUGUGGUGGUUUGUACACUGGUUCCUCAAGGCUUUUCUAGGUCUGCAUUGCCUUCUCGAACCACAUGGAGAGUUGGUUACUCUCGUUCCUAUCCUUUAGCUUCUUUUUCACUAGCAGAAGCGGCUCCUGGAAACUACUCCAUCUUCAAUUUUUCAGAUAGUUUGAUUGCUAAAGAACUGAACCAAUCAGGACACGAGCAAGAAAUGCUGAACCUUAAAGAAUCUGAUGAAGUUGCUGUUAAUGCCUCAGAAAAAGUUAUCAAGAGAUACAGUAGGAUAGAGAAAAUGGAAGCAAGCUUGGCUAGAGUGAGGUCUUCCAUUAGAGAAGCAGCUCGAGUCCGGAACCUAACCUCAGUCCACCAGGAUCCAGACUAUGUUCCACAAGGUCCAAUCUAUAGAAAUGCCAAUGCCUUCCACAGGAGCUAUUUGGAGAUGGAGAAGCUAUUCAAGAUAUAUGUGUAUGAAGAAGGGGAACCUCCCAUGUUUCAUGAUGGGCCAUGCAAGAGUAUAUAUUCCACAGAAGGGAGAUUCAUUCAUGAGCUGGACAAGGGCAACUCAUAUAGAACUAGAGACCCUAAUGAGGCUAUGGUUUACUUCCUUCCAUUUAGUGUGGUAAUGAUGGUACAGUACCUGUAUGUGCCUGGCGCCCAUGAGAUUCAUGCCAUUGGACGUGCUGUAGUGGACUAUGUUAAUAUCAUUUCCAAUAAGCAUCCCUAUUGGAAUCGAAGCCUUGGUGCUGAUCAUUUCAUGCUCUCUUGCCAUGAUUGGGGGCCGCGUACAUCAGCCUACGUUCCUAAUUUGUUCAAUAAUUCAAUCAGAGUUUUAUGUAAUGCAAAUACUUCUGAAGGAUUCAACCCUUCAAAAGAUGCCUCAUUUCCAGAAAUACAUCUAAGAACGGGGGAAGCUAAAGGACUUGUGGGUGGCCUCUCCCCUUCCCGGCGACCUAUUCUCGCCUUCUUCUCCGGCCGGCUGCACGGGCACAUUAGGCAGCUACUACUAGAUCAAUGGAAAAACAAAGACCAAGAUGUCCAAGUUUAUGAGCAACUACCAAAAGGUAUGUCAUAUGAGUCCAUGUUAAAAAAGAGCAGGUUCUGCCUAUGCCCUAGUGGAUAUGAAGUGGCAAGCCCAAGAGUUGUGGAAGCUAUCUAUGCAGAAUGUGUUCCUGUGCUAAUUUCAGAUAGUUAUGUUCCACCUUUCAGUGAUGUACUGAAUUGGAAGGCAUUUUCUGUGCAAAUAGAAGUAAAAGACAUACCCAAAAUUAAGGAGCUACUUAUGAGCAUAUCUCAAAGGCAAUACUUGAGAAUGCAGAGAAGAGUAAAGCAAGUCCAAAGGCAUUUUCUAGUGAAUAAUGGACCACCCAAGAGAUUUGAUUUGUUCCACAUGACCAUUCACUCUAUUUGGCUUAGAAGAUUGAACAUUCGCAUUCAAGAUUAUUAGCAUCUGUUAUUACCUUUUUUUUUUUUUAAGAACUAUUCUUUUUUUCUUUGUCAAAUAGCAAAAGUUGCUAUUGAGGAUAUGUUUAGGUUGUAAUAAGUGAAAACAAAAUAACAUAUGCUGAUUUUGUCUACCGAGAUCAA